GUGGAGACCCUGGCUGGGGGCCCUGGAGGAGGGCUUAGCAUCUCUAAAAUAUGGAUGAGGUUUUUCUUCCUGAGCCAGGCACCCUGGCCUGCCAUAGUUGGAGAAGGUCAGGGAUGAAAAGGACUUCUGGUUUUCAGGAUUGCCUGACCUGGUGUAAGGGCGGGAUCUGAGCUAGCGCAGGGAGAACUGGUGUGGGUGACUAGGCCAUGGGCAGAGUCUGUAAUUACAGAGGUUGGCCAGACAGGCAAUUAGUAUCUCUUGGGGCUGACAGGCUGGUGGGGUAUGCCUGGUAGGCUAGAGGCAAAGGGAACCAAAGAGGAUGAGCAGGUGAAAGGCCUUCCACCCAGAAAAGGAAAGAGGAGGUGACUGGCUGGCAGUUUCCUUUGGGCCAGGCUGGGGAGUAAGGAUAAGGCUCUGCCUUGUAAGGCCAGGCCUUGAACCUUUUGGGAGAAAGAAAGGACAUGGGAAGGUGGAAGCAGGCGGAGGCCUGUCUCACUGGUGCUCCCUGAACCUGCAUCCUGUGCCAUACUGACUGGACUAGGCUUGGGGUGGGAUGGAGGGAGGGGCAAACUCCCCACCAGGGUUGGGAAGACCCCUCUGGCAGCCCAGAAGGGUGGCUGACCCAGGCUGAAGGGAAGCUGUUUGGGGACUGUGCAGAGAGUGAGGGCCAUACCUCUAAUGUGAGCUCCCCUGGAGGAGGUGAUGAUGGAAGCCCUAGUAAUGGGGGGUGGGGAUGGCAGGGAACUUAUAAGCCUUUCGAGAAGGGUGGAGCCUGCCCACCCUAUUUCCUGAUGCCCUGCCAGGUGUUUCCUGGCUUAUGUUCCCUCCACCCCACCCUUUGGGGAAACUGCUUUCUAGUAAGCACAAGCACUACUCAUUGCCACCAGAACACAUGAGAACCUCCAUUGUCCCUGGGAUGGAUACCUUGAGAGCUGUGCCCCUUUUUUCAAUAUCUGGCCUCUUCUCCUUUCCCUACAGGGUCUCCCAUGGGAUUGCUGGGACCUUGCUGGGUGAGAUGGCACUGUGUGCAAAAAAGCGCCCCCCAGAAGAAGAAAGGAGGGCGCGGGCUAAUGACCGAGAAUACAAUGAGAAAUUCCAGUAUGCGAGUAACUGCAUCAAGACCUCCAAGUACAAUAUUCUCACCUUCCUGCCUGUCAACCUCUUUGAGCAGUUCCAGGAAGUUGCCAACACUUACUUCCUGUUCCUCCUUAUUCUGCAGUUGAUCCCACAGAUCUCUUCCCUGUCCUGGUUCACCACCAUUGUGCCUUUGGUUCUUGUCCUCACCAUCACAGCUGUUAAAGAUGCCACUGAUGACUAUUUCCGCCACAAGAGUGAUAACCAGGUGAAUAACCGCCAGUCUCAGGUGCUGAUCAAUGGAAUCCUCCAGCAGGAGCAGUGGAUGAAUGUCUGUGUUGGUGAUAUUAUCAAGCUAGAAAAUAACCAGUUUGUGGCGGCGGAUCUCCUUCUCCUUUCCAGCAGUGAGCCCCAUGGGCUGUGUUACAUAGAGACAGCAGAACUUGAUGGUGAGACCAACAUGAAAGUACGUCAGGCGAUUCCAGUCACCUCAGAAUUGGGAGACAUCAGUAAGCUUGCCAAGUUUGAUGGUGAAGUGAUCUGUGAACCUCCCAACAACAAACUGGACAAAUUCAGCGGAACCCUCUACUGGAAGGAAAACAAGUUCCCCCUGAGCAACCAGAACAUGCUGCUGCGGGGCUGUGUGCUGCGAAACACCGAGUGGUGCUUCGGGCUGGUCAUCUUUGCAGGUCCUGACACUAAGUUGAUGCAAAACAGCGGCAGAACAAAGUUCAAAAGAACGAGUAUUGAUCGCCUAAUGAAUACCCUGGUGCUCUGGAUUUUUGGAUUCCUGGUUUGCAUGGGGGUGAUCCUGGCCAUUGGCAAUGCCAUCUGGGAGCACGAGGUGGGGAUGCGCUUCCAGGUCUACCUGCCGUGGGAUGAGGCAGUGGACAGUGCCUUCUUCUCUGGCUUCCUCUCCUUCUGGUCCUACAUCAUCAUCCUCAACACCGUUGUGCCCAUUUCACUCUACGUCAGUGUGGAGGUCAUCCGUUUGGGCCACAGCUACUUCAUCAACUGGGAUAAGAAGAUGUUCUGCAUGAAGAAGCGGACGCCUGCAGAAGCCCGCACCACCACUCUAAACGAGGAGCUGGGCCAGGUGGAGUACAUCUUCUCCGACAAGACGGGCACCCUCACUCAGAACAUUAUGGUUUUCAACAAGUGCUCCAUCAAUGGCCGCAGCUACGGUGAUGUGUUUGAUGUCCUGGGACACAAAGCUGAAUUGGGAGAGAGGCCUGAACCUGUCGACUUCUCCUUCAAUCCUCUGGCUGACAAGAAGUUCUUAUUUUGGGACCCCAGCCUCCUGGAGGCUGUCAAGAUCGGGGACCCCCACACACAUGAGUUCUUCCGCCUCCUUUCCCUGUGUCAUACUGUCAUGUCAGAAGAAAAGAACGAAGGAGAGCUGUACUACAAAGCUCAGUCCCCAGAUGAGGGGGCCCUGGUCACUGCAGCCAGGAACUUUGGUUUUGUUUUCCGCUCUCGCACCCCCAAGACGAUCACCGUCCAUGAGAUGGGCACAGCCAUCACCUACCAGCUGCUGGCCAUCCUGGACUUCAACAAUAUCCGCAAGCGGAUGUCAGUCAUAGUGCGGAAUCCAGAGGGGAAGAUCCGACUCUACUGCAAAGGGGCUGACACUAUCCUGCUGGACAGACUGCACCACUCCACUCAAGAGCUGCUCAGCACCACCACGGACCACCUUAAUGAGUACGCAGGGGAAGGGCUGAGGACCCUGGUGCUGGCCUACAAGGAUCUGGAUGAAGAGUACUAUGAGGAGUGGGCUGAGCGACGCCUCCAGGCCAGCCUGGCCCAGGACAGCCGGGAGGACAGGCUGGCUAGCAUCUACGAGGAGGUUGAGAACAACAUGAUGCUGCUGGGUGCAACGGCCAUUGAGGACAAGCUUCAGCAAGGGGUUCCAGAGACCAUUGCCCUCCUGACGCUGGCCAAUAUCAAGAUUUGGGUGCUAACCGGAGACAAGCAAGAGACGGCUGUGAACAUCGGCUAUUCCUGCAAGAUGCUGACGGACGACAUGACCGAGGUGUUCAUAGUCACUGGCCAUACUGUCCUGGAGGUGCGGGAGGAGCUCAGGAAAGCCCGGGAGAAGAUGAUGGAUUCAUCCCGCUCCGUAGGCAACGGCUUCACCUACCAGGAGAAGCUUUCUUCUUCCAAGCUAACUUCUGUCCUGGAGGCCGUUGCUGGGGAGUACGCCCUGGUCAUCAAUGGUCACAGCCUGGCCCACGCACUGGAGGCGGACAUGGAGCUGGAGUUUCUGGAGACAGCAUGUGCCUGCAAAGCUGUCAUCUGCUGCCGGGUGACCCCCUUGCAGAAGGCCCAGGUGGUAGAACUGGUCAAGAAGUACAAGAAGGCUGUGACGCUUGCCAUUGGAGAUGGAGCCAAUGAUGUCAGCAUGAUCAAAACGGCUCACAUUGGUGUGGGCAUCAGUGGGCAGGAAGGGAUCCAGGCUGUCUUGGCCUCCGACUACUCCUUCUCCCAGUUCAAGUUCCUGCAGCGCCUUUUGCUGGUGCAUGGGCGCUGGUCCUACCUGCGAAUGUGCAAGUUUCUUUGCUAUUUCUUCUACAAAAACUUUGCUUUCACCAUGGUCCACUUCUGGUUUGGCUUCUUCUGCGGCUUCUCAGCCCAGACCGUCUAUGACCAGUAUUUCAUCACCCUGUAUAACAUCGUGUACACCUCCCUGCCAGUCCUGGCUAUGGGGGUCUUUGAUCAGGAUGUCCCUGAGCAGCGGAGCAUGGAGUACCCUAAGCUGUAUGAGCCGGGCCAGCUGAACCUUCUCUUCAACAAGCGGGAGUUCUUCAUCUGCAUCGCCCAGGGCAUCUACACCUCCGUGCUCAUGUUUUUCAUUCCCUACGGGGUGUUUGCCGAUGCCACCCGGGAUGAUGGCACCCAGCUGGCUGACUACCAGUCCUUUGCAGUCACUGUGGCCACAUCCCUGGUCAUUGUGGUUAGCGUGCAGAUUGGGCUGGACACAGGCUACUGGACGGCCAUCAACCACUUCUUCAUCUGGGGCAGCCUUGCUGUUUACUUUGCCAUCCUCUUUGCCAUGCACAGCAAUGGGCUCUUCGACAUGUUUCCCAACCAGUUCCGGUUCGUGGGGAAUGCCCAGAACACCUUGGCCCAGCCCACGGUGUGGCUGACCAUUGUGCUUACCACGGUCGUCUGCAUCAUGCCCGUGGUUGCCUUUAGAUUCCUCAGGCUCAACCUGAAGCCGGAUCUCUCUGACACGGUCCGCUACACGCAGCUGGUGAGGAAGAAGCAGAAAGCCCAGCACCGCUGCAUGCGGCGGGUUGGCCGCACGGGCUCCCGGCGCUCCGGCUAUGCCUUCUCCCACCAGGAGGGCUUCGGGGAGCUCAUCAUGUCUGGCAAGAACAUGCGGCUGAGCUCCCUCGCGCUCUCCAGCUUCACCACCCGCUCCAGCUCUAGCUGGAUUGAGAGCCUGCGCAGGAAAAAGAGUGACAGUGCCAGUAGCCCCAGUGGCGGUGCCGACAAGCCUCUCAAGGGCUGAAGGCCGAAGAUGGAUGCCCUGUGCCAGUGACCAGAGCACUCAGGGCUGGCCAGUCACUGAGGGAACAGUGUCUCGGAACUGCUGGUCCUCACUCCUUGCCUCCUGUCCACCCGGUAGACUCUGUCCUGCUGGUCCCACCACACAUGGCUGGGACAUCCGUUCCCAGCUGCAGGCCCUUCCAUCAGCUGGGGAGCUAGAGGGAGCAGACCCAAGGGCAGAGCAGAGGCUGAGGCACAGGGAGCCAGCCCCAGUUGGGGACCAGAUGUGGAACCAAAAACAAGAAAAAACUGUGAGAGAUUGCGUCUGCCCCUGCCCUGCUUGGGACCCACAGGGAGACUAUAAUCUCCUUAUUUUUUUACUCCUACUCCCCAGAGGGGCCCUAGUGCCUCUGUUCCUGAAUUACACAAGAAUGUACCAUGCCGGGAAGCCAGAGACCUGCGGGGGCCUCGGCCCCUCACAUUGUGUAUGUCUCUCCUUGAUUUGUGUUGUGUCCAGUUUGGUUUUGUCUUUUUUAUUUGGCAAGUGGAGGAGGCUUUUAUGUGACUUUUAUGUUGUGGUUGGUGUCUUAACUCUCCUGGGAAGAGGAGGCUGGCACACACUGGGAUGCCGCAGCCUGGCCGGCUGUGGGGUGGUUUGGGAGGAUCCAUGUCAGCUCUCCCUGCAGUGACCAGUGCUCUGUGGGACAGAGGAGCUGACCAGGGAGGGAGGUACCCAUCAGCAGAGGGUGGUGGGAGAGUGUAAAGGAGGGUUUGGUCCUGUCUGCUUCCUCACCUUGAGAGUAAAGUGCUGCCCUCUGCCCCUAACACACAUACAUAUCAAUUCCUGGAUUCCUUAGUCCUGCUGGCCUUGGGCUGGAGCCUAGGAAAGUGGCCCCCAAAUCCUUAGUGAGCUAAAGCUGGGUCUGAAAUUUGGUCGGUGGGGAGGGGUAGUUUUCUUUUCUUUUUUCUUUUUCUUUUUUUUUUGAGAUGGAGUCUCACUCUUGUCAUCCAGGCAAGAGUGCAAUGGCACGAUCUCGGCUCACUGCAACCUCCGCCUCCUGGGUUCAAGCGAUUCUCCUGCCUCAACCUCCUGAGUAGCUGGGAUUACAGGCGCACACCACCACGCUCGGCUAAUUUUUGUAUUUUUAGUAGAGAUGGGGUUUCACCAUGUUGGCCAGGCUGGUCUCAAACUCCUGACCUCGUGAUCUGCCCACCUCAGCCGCCCAAAGUGCUGAGAUUACAGGCGUGAGCCACCAUGCCCAGCUAGGGGAGGGGUAGUUUUCUUUGAUUUUAAAUUUAAACCCAAGUUUAUUGGCAGACUCCCUUUUGACCUCCCUUUGCCUCCCCAUCUGGUGCUUUCUUGCACCUACACCCCAGGGCCCUGUGGUGGGGCUACAGGGGGAAACUGUGCACCUGAGAUGAGGCUGGAACAGGAAUCGGCCUCUCUGCUCCCUUCAGUAAGCAAGGAGCCCUGCCCCUCAGGCCCAGCCUCUGGCAGGAGGUGGUGGAGUCCUUGUGCCAGGUAGUAGAGGAGGAGAAGGGCAAAACCAGGCCCAGGCCAGCGCCUGGCUUGGUCUGGAUGGGACACUGUCGGAGUUUGGCCACAGCCUGUCCUUUACUUCGUCCACACCUGUGAAGCUAUUCCCUAAAUAAGGUAUUGCCCAAGUUAGUCGCUACCUAAUCAGCCUUGAGAAGAAUCCUUUCCUCUUCUUUGGUAGUGGGUCGGGGGAUACUUCAGGAAUGGUGUGGAGCUGGGAGUGGGUAGGGGGAUUUUAAAUGUUCCAUGUGGGAGCCCCGAAGGAACUGGAGGGGCUGCAGUGAGGUGGGGGUGGGUGGGCAGGGAAUGGGAGAGGGGAAGUCUUGGCAGGGAAAUCCCUUUUGGCCACACAGUUUACAAACCCAGUAUCAUGUCUGUCUGUGUGUCUCUCAAGGUGAGAGUCUGAUUUUUAUACCAAAGAGGAAAUGAUUUUUUUUCAUAUUUUGUUUGUCUAUAUUAUAUAAAUAUAUAUAUACAGUUAUAUAUAUAUAUAUUAUUUUUUGGUUCUCUCUCGUUUUUUAGGGAGGGAAGAAAGUACCAAGUUGCAUUGAGCUGUAAUUAAGGAACAUUAUAAUUUAUGACACAUUUCUAUACUUGCAAAAAUUAUAUCAUUUUAUGGAUAUAAGAGAAAAUGCCUUUUUAUAAAAUUUCAAUUUCUGA